GCAACCUCGCGCGCAUCAAAACUGAGACGACAAAUGAACAAGAGCACAGCAACAACGCAGAUGCCAUUGGCGGAAGAGGAAGACAAAGAAAACAAACCAAUAAAUCAAGCCGAGCCUAAUGGGGAGCAAUCGUCUUUGAUGGAAAUCUUGAAAGAAGUGAAGUCUUCACUGGAGGCACUGAAAGCACAUGAUGUUGAAAGAGCCGAAGAGAUUCGGUCGAUACGUCGAUUGGUGGAUGAUAGAGGGAAAGAAAUGGAUAAACUGCGAGGAAUUGUUGCUGACUUUUUUGGUAGAGAUUGCCCUCGCUCAACAGAUUCUCAAUGUUAUCCGAUGCCUGAGAAGAAAAACGAACAAGAGAAGUCACCUUCAAGAAGAGCUAAUGACUACAAGAACAAUUCUCCACAAUCUCCUAGCCCUCAGCGAUAUACACCAACACGUAAAGAAAUGGGGAAAAUGACUAGACACGAGCCUGAUCGGAACGCUGUAGAUGAUAUAACUUUCGAGGAGUUCCGUCAUUUCAUGUCUACCAAUCCAGCAUUUCGUCAGUAUGUGGCAGAUCUUCGAGCUGAAGAGAAUGAAGUAAGUAUAAUAGAUAUGUAUUGA